AUGAUUCGUGAAAAAAUAUCUUCUUUGGCCAAGUUUCUUGAAAACCCUAAACAUCCAUUACUGGGCCCUAAUCUAAAAGGUCUGUCGUUUGGAGGAAUGUGGCUUAGAGGUCCUAAAAUAUGGAUUCGUUUCCAAUACUUUGUGAAUUUCUUCACAUUCUUCUUCGUACUCAGUCAGUUUAUGGAGGCCUACAAUAUAAGGAACGAUCUGAAUAAACUACUGCAAAAUCUCUCUGUAACAAUCUUGAGUUUUACUUGUUACUUCAAGUGCAUGACUUUUGUGUAUCAUUCGGAUGAUUGGUCGGAAUUAUUUCACAGUAUUUCUAAAGAAGAACUUGGAGCUAUUAAACUAGGAGAUAAAAGAGUUAUCACAUUGAUGAAUGAGUAUACAAAAUAUUCUCGUUUCGUUACAUACUCUUAUUGGAUUCUAGUUUCAAUCACAAACGCUGCUAUGAUAAUUGCACCUGUUUUCAAACUGAUCUCAUCAUCUAAAUACCGCAGAGAAAUUAAAUCAGGUGUUAUAACUUAUCCAGAAAUUUUGAGCUCUUGGUUCCCUUUUGACAAUACCCAAACUCUGGGAUAUUUUUUAGCUUGUUUUGUCCAUGUUUCAAUGUGCUCAAAAGGAGCAGCAAUAACUGCAGUUUUCGAUACAAAUGCUGUAGCAAUAAUGGUGUUUCUAAAAGGGCAAAUGAUCAUAUUGAAGGAGAAAUGCAAAAAUAUCUUUGAGAAUUAUAAUACUAAUGAAGAAGUCUUACAACGAGUUAAAGAAUGUCACAGACAUCACAGUUUUUUGAUGAGGACAUAUCAAUCUUUUGACGCCUUGUUGUCACCGAUUAUGUUCUUGUAUGUAUUGAUUUGUUCAAUCACGAUUUGUUUUAGCGUGGUUCAAUAUGUAUCAGUAGAUGUGACACUUUCAUACAAAUUGUGGAUCGUAGAGUACACUAUUGCGCAGAUUUCACAACUAUUUUUGUUUUGUUGGCACAGCAAUGAUGUCUUAUUGGAGAGCAAAACAAUAAGCGAUGGUGUCUACUUCAGCGACUGGUGGCGAUCCGACAAGAUUAUGCGAAAGCAGAUACACUUACUAGCAGGAAAAAUGAACCGGCCUGUCAUCUGCAACGCUGGGCCGUACACCACUCUUACGAUACCUACUUUUAUUGAUAUUCUGAAAGGAGCGUAUAGCUUUUUCACUUUGUUCUCUCAGAUUCAAGAAUAA